CGACCGGGAGUCAAACUUUGAGGCCUGGAAACGAGCCAUGCUGCCGGACGCUACAACCCCGCGGACAUAAGGCGACACUGAGGACCAGAAAGUAGCAACCGCCAACCCCGGCACCACAAAGACGAGGGAGGAGAAGAGGCCUCCCCUUCCCGAGAGCUCCAUGGAGAAGAUGAAGCGGUUCAAGAGGCGUCUCUCUCAGACGCUACGAGGCAGCCACACCAUUGACGAGUCGCUGUCUGAGCUGGCCGAGCAGAUGACCAUCGAGGAGAACGGCCUGAAGGACAGUGAGCCCAUAGUGAGAAACGGCCGUCCUCCCUCAGCCCACAGCGUCCACUCCUUCCUCCAUCAGUACACAGGCUCCUUCAAAAAGCCACCGCUGCGACGACCUCAGAGCGUCAUCGGAGGAGGCCUUGGGUCUCUCAUGGUCAUGCCUCGCAAUGGCAGUCGCCUCGAUAUCGUCCAUGAGAACCUGAAGAUGGGGUCCGAUGGGGAGAGUGACCAGGCAUCGGGGACCUCCUCCGAAGAGGUGCAGUCGCCCUCGGGUGUUUGUCUGAGGAACAGAGGGAACAGACGAAUCUCUGCAGAGGAUCUGAACAAACGUCUGUCCCUUCCGGCCGACAUCCGGAUACCUGACGGUUAUCUGGAGAAACUGCAGCUGACCAGCCCACCCUUCGACCAGCCGCUGAGCCGACGCUCCCGCAGGGCAUCACUGUCAGAAAUUGGUUUUGGGAAGCUGGAGACCUACAUCAAACUGGACAAACUGGGGGAGGGAACCUACGCUACCGUCUUCAAGGGGAGGAGCAAGCUGACGGACAACCUUGUGGCUCUGAAGGAGAUCAGACUGGAGCACGAGGAGGGGGCACCAUGCACAGCGAUCCGAGAAGUGUCGUUACUGAAGGACCUGAAACACGCCAACAUCGUGACGCUGCAUGACAUCAUCCACACGGAAAAGUCGCUCACACUGGUUUUUGAGUACCUGGACAAAGACCUGAAGCAGUACAUGGACGACUGUGGGAACAUCCUGAGCAUGCAGAAUGUGAAGAUUUUUCUGUUCCAGAUCCUGCGAGGCUUGGCGUACUGUCACAGACGGAAAGUUCUCCACAGAGACCUGAAGCCCCAGAAUCUACUCAUCAACGACAGAGGGGAACUCAAACUGGCUGACUUUGGCCUGGCAAGAGCGAAGUCUGUGCCCACUAAAACAUACUCCAACGAGGUGGUAACACUUUGGUAUCGGCCUCCCGACGUGCUGCUCGGCUCCUCUGAGUACUCCACACAGAUAGACAUGUGGGGGGUUGGCUGUAUAUUCUACGAGAUGGCCGCCGGCAGGCCCCUAUUCCCAGGCUCCACAGUGGAGGACGAACUGCACCUCAUCUUCCGGCUGCUUGGCACUCCAACAGAGGACAGCUGGCCUGGAAUAUCCUCCAUCGACGAAUUCAAGUCCUACAAGUUCCCCAAAUAUAAGGCCCAGCCCCUCAUCAACCACGCACCCAGCCCUGUUAUCACUGAAGAUGGAAGUGAGCAAACGUUUCUGGUCAGACCCAGGUUGGACACUGAUGGCAUUGACCUGCUGAUGUCAUUCCUAAAAUACGAGUCAAAAAAGAGGAUCUCUGCUGAUGAAGCAAUGAGACAGCCGUACUUCAGGAGCCUGGGGCCACGUGUGCACACGCUGCCAGAGAACACAUCCAUAUUCACACUGAAGGAGCUGCAGCUGCAGAGGGAUCCUGGCUACCGGAACUCAUCGUACCCCGAGUCAGGCAAUGGAAAGAGCAGAAGACAAAGCAUGCUGUUUUAGACUCUCUGGACAGUAUUUAGUUGUUUUUUGUUUUUUUUAUUUGGGAAGGAUCUCCUAGCUGUACAGUCUCGCCAAAUGGAUCAGUAACCUGAGAUGGAUGUCGGCGUGGAGCAUCAUCACCACCAUCAUCAUCACUCCCCCCAAACUGCUUGGGGAAACUUGUCCACAGUGCGACCCCCCCCCCCCUCCCAGGUUUGGCCUGAAUGUGGCCCAAAAGAGACAUUUAUAUACUGUACAUCUAUAUUUAUUGAGAAAAGAAUUUGCUGCUAAGUCCAACUACUGUCUAGAAUUCUAAUGGGCUCAGUCACUUUAAUGAGAACAUGCAAUGUAUAUAGAUUUAAAAGACUUUUCUUUUUUUGAAGUGGUGGUAUUUUUAGAGAUUUUUUUGUUGUCAUAAUUUCCAUUUUCAUACAUAAAAGCUGCACCUCAAAGCUCCUCGGUGUGAGUGGGUGUGUGAGGCCCCGUCACAGACAGAGGGAUGUUUCUGUAGCAGCUCCAAAUGGUUUGAUUUUGUCUCUGCUGCCGCGGCGCUGCACUCAGCUGCACAUAUCAUGUCUGACCGUUUACUCUGAAGGUUUUUGAGGCCAGCUUUGAUUUAAUAACUGAUAAUUUUAUCCUAACUGGAGGCUAAUACGAGAGAGAUGCUGCCAAGCUCUGUGGAAAAGAAGAAAAGAAAAAAAAGAUAUUUUUUUUGUCAGAUACUGGCAUAUCAUUCCAGGAUGUUGUGGUCUCUGUUUUGACCAAUGAACAAACGCAGGAGGGGAAAUGGCUACAUAGAAUUAUUAACAAGGGGCAUUACAGGAUUAGACGCGCCUCCUAAAUUCUUCAGAAAUCCUCAACAUUGAACUAGUGAUCAACCUCCUUCAUCUUGUUCUUCCCCGCCUCAAUCUGACACAUUUUUUUCUCCUCCCACCAAAGAGGAGGAGGGCAAAGUGAAUUUCCGGUGAAGGAAUCUGUGAUGCUGCCUUUACAUUUGUGUUCUCCUUUUUCUGCCAUUCCCAUCUCCUUCAACUGUAAAAAAAAAAAAAAAAAAAAAAGGAAAUUCUCUGGACUGUCUCCACCAUUGUGUUGCAUGUCUGUUCUCUUGUGUGAGGAAGCACACAUUCAGGGAGCACUAGCUUCAGUCCUGUCCCCAGUGAAUAAGAUACUAAGUCGGUCUAUUUAACAGUGUUACAAGAGAUGUUUUGUAUGAUAUUCUUUAACUUUAUUUGUGGAUAAUUGUCUUUGGUGUGGGAUUUCAUUGCAGAUGCCCUCCCAUAUUUGAGCUUCUUUUUUUUUUCCAGAGUAAAGAAAAUUAAAUCUAAAGUUUAAACAAAA